GAGGGAUGUUGCAUUAUGGUAAAAGAACAUUGUACGGCAAAAUCCAGCGUCUUCCAAUCCGAUUCUUUCGUCACAAAAACAGAACCUCAUAUCAUAUCAUAUCGGUUCACUUUUGGACACAGCCAGCCAAGCAGAGCACAUACACUACAAGCAAAGAAAUAUCCCCAAAGCUCUUUCAAAACUCUCUUACAGUCACAAACACACAGUUUCUCUCAAAAACCAAAACCAAAACUAAAAUAGCAAUGUCGACCUUGAAAAUCCAACCCACAGCAUUUGCGCUAUCUUCCAGCGUCAGACAGUUGGGUUUCUUCAAUCUCAAGCUCCCCCGAAACUGCGUCGCUUCCUCCAACCAUUUCAGUCGCUACGGGACCCGAAGAGCUCUCACAGUGUCAAUGUCCACCACUUCUUCGACCCCACUUGAAGUCUGCGUCAAAUCUUCAACCACUGCCCCCAACAAGCCCGGCGACUGUCCCUUUUGCCAGAGGGUAUUACUGACUCUGGAGGAAAAGCAUCUCCCUUAUGACUUAAAGUUGGUAGAUUUGGCCCACAAGCCAGAUUGGUUCUUAAAACUCAACCCUGGAGGUAAAGUUCCUGUGAUUAAACUCAAUGAGAAGUGGAUAUCAGAUUCAGAUGUUAUUGCACAAGCACUAGAAGAAAAGUAUCCUGAUCCACCAUUGGGAACCCCACCUGAAAAGGCUUCAGUUGGAUCAAAGAUCUUCUCCACAUUUAUUGGUUUCCUCAAGAGCAAAGACCCAAGUGACGGAACAGAGAAAGCAUUAAUCAGUGAGCUAAGUUCUUUUAACAAUCAUAUCAAAGACAAUGGUCCUUAUGUCAAUGGGAAAGAGGUUUCUGCUGUAGAUUUGUCACUUGCACCCAAGCUGUAUCAUCUAGAGAUUGCUUUGGGACAUUACAAGAAAUGGUCAGUUCCUGAUUCUCUUCCCCAUGUGAAGUCUUAUAUGAAGGCCAUUUUCUCAAGGGAUUCAUUUAUUAAAACACGUGCACAGCCUGAAGACGUAAUUGCAGGUUGGCGUCCAAAAGUCUUGGGUUAGAUUGUCUGCAGCUGCUGUAUGGGACUCUACAGGUCUAUACUCAAAACCUUCACAAGUAUAAAUUAUUGUAGCCUUGAUUGCAAGUGAAACACUUUUUUAUUGACCAUUAGAUCGAUUCAACCUUUCAUUUAUAUUUGCCAAAAUAUGGAGAUUGUAAUAUUGUGACCAUAGAUCAUAUAUAUGAAAGAGCAUUUCAAGCCUUGUAAAGUAAAAAAACUGUGCAUUCCCCA